AUGCAGAGAAGCAUACUCUUCCAGAUAACAAUCCUUCUACUUGCACAAAUGGCUUCCGCCAGUCCUCAUGACACUGGUGAUCUCUCACAACUGCCCAAUGCCGAGACUGGGAGCUUCUAUGAAGACCCUGAGGGCCUGCUGGCUGGAGCAGUGUGCCAUUUCUGCGGCUUCGCGUACGAGUUCUGCAGAUGCAACUAUACACCCAAUACAUUCCGCUGGUCAGAUCUCCUCGACCCCACCGAACUUCUCAACCACCCAGCGUGGCCAUCGUCUUAUCUUGACAACUCAAACGAGACGGCUCUCCAAAACAAUCAGUUCGUAGACCCUCCCAGGCCUCGUUUGAUAAUCCCUCAAACAGAAGCCUUCAACAACAACAACCUAAGCACGGAGUACCCUGAAGCAUCAAUCGACGGGAUAUUAUCAUCAACAUACAAUGCGGGGGAUCGACUUAGUCCGCAGUCGGCAAAGUCAUCGAGAAGACCACGAGAACAGAAUGGUUAUAGCUGUGAUAUAUGCAGGUCGACCUUUGAUCGCGAGUGCGACUUGAAUCGGCAUAAGAAGAUACAUCUCGACAACCACCGCAGACCGAUCAAAUGUCCUGAUUGCGACAAGGGCUUCCUAUACCCGAAGGAUCUCAAAAGACACCAGAGCACACAUACUGCCUCAGAGAGGACCUUCUUCUGUCCUGUUGCAGGGUGUAAGUCGAAUGCCAACGGGUUCACAAGGAAAGAUAAUUACAAACGACAUAUGCGGAGCAAACACUCUCGAUCUACGCUGGAUACUGCGUCAGUAUCUGGUACCUCUACAACCUAAUAUAAUCUAGGCCAAUGACGAUGCAUGGUAUCGCUAUACUCAACACGAUUUACGCUAUCACAGACCACAGGCACGGAUAUUACGAAUGGUUGCGGCUAGGCCCGGCGCUACGGUCUAGUAUUGCACGCUCCGCGCUGGUCGCGAAUUGAGCACGAUUUAUCUCUUAUAUGCACCGCCACAUUUUUCACGUCUUAUACUAUCACAUUUCCGCCUCUUGUGCCCUUUUAGACUUUGGUUGGUCAUUAUUGGCAUGAACGUUUCGCAUUGGAAGCCCGCUACAUCUUCGCUGCCCGUGUAUAUAUGCAGUAUACCCCACUUGUUCUUUCUACCUAUACUGUAAUUCCUGUCGCCAGGCAUAACGAUAAUGCUAGACAUGUAAUACACCCAUUCACAC